AUGGAAGAUCCUGCCGCCAUGGUGAACUUGGUGCAUCCUGACGAUGUUCCCGUCUUUACCAAUGCCGUCGUGGCCAGCAUGUCAAACUUGACGCUCUUUGAUCAGACACUCCGACUCAAGCAUGCCAAGACGGGACUCUACAAGACGCUGUUGGAUCGAAGUUUGCCCUAUCGAGAUCAAGUGGUCCAUCCAGACACACAGGAACUACAAGUCGUCACCAUUUGGAAAGGAUUCAUCAUUGAAAAACCGAAACUUGCCUCCUCUAGUAGUGCUGCAAAUAGUGGAGAAGAGGAGUCACAAGACAUUAUCAAUGCCACGGCGCUCCUCAUGGAUUCUCCCUUGAUUCCAUUCUUUUCUGUCAACUCCACCACGGGGCAGAUCCAGCAGUGGAACAAGGUCAUGAUACAAGCCACGGGAUUCCAGCCAACAGAUGUUCAGGGGAAAUCCGUUGAUUCUCUCCUGUCUUUGGACAAGGCUGCAUGCUGCAAGUCGUCCACGUCUACCGGUAGUCUAGUAAUUGAAACACUCCUCGAACAACCCAAGGUGGAAGCCACACCGAAAGGCAAGACAGGCAAUGACGUACACCUGAUUUUAUCCGCGCAUCAGUCCUCGACCCACAAUAGUACAUGUAAGACCACCAGCAAGACCAUUCUAGUGCUCUGCCAAGACGUGACACUCCUACAGCAAGUCACGGCCCAACGCAACGAAGCCACGCAGCUCGCCGAAUCCGAACGAUCCUUGACCGAAUGGUUGUCGCACGAAAUUCGAAAUCCACUCUCCGUCGUAAUGGAGGCUGCACAGACCCUCGAAGCGGCAGCUCAAGACGCGCCCAUGAAUGCAAUGCCCUCUGAUUUGCAUCACAGUGUCUUUGGAGGAUCCUAUCUGCAACUCAUUCGACAUUCCAUCACCUACGUGGUCGAUAUUCUGACCAACAUGCUCGACCUCAAUCAAUUGGCCGAAGGUAAAAUGACACUACGACCCGAAACCUGUCGCGUCUGUGACGACAUUCUCUUACCCACCAAAUACAUGAUGACGGGCAUGAAACGACAAGUUCCCGUUGAAAUAUCCGGACCCAAUGUGGAGUUGCAUGUGGACAAGCUACGACUCAAACAAGUCUUUUGCAAUCUCAUUAGCAAUGCCAACAAGUACACAUCGGAGGGAGUCAUUCGGAUCCAAGUCCACGAACCUUCCAACAACGACGGGCGACUCACCAUUACCAUCUCGGAUUCGGGUGUGGGCAUUUCUCCUGCACACUAUCCACAUUUGUUUAGCCGCUUUGAAAAGUUGGGAUCUUCCAUCAACGGGGCUGGGAUUGGACUUUGUUUGUGCAAGAAUCUAUUGACGGCCAUGGGAGGGGACAUUUGUUUGAACAAGGAGUAUCAUUCGGGCAUUGUCGGAUUUCCCGGAGCCCAAUUUGUCGUGCAGAUUCCCUGUACGACGGUACCGGCGCCACCGGCAUUUGAUGCCCUCUCGGCGGCGCUAAUGGCCACGGCAGCCGCCACGACAAAACCCACCAAAAAGAAGUGCGUCACGCAAGCCACAACAACAAUGAGACCCAAGAUACCUCCCAACACCCACUUACGGGGCAACUUUCGAAUCUUGAUUGUCGACGACGAAUUGAUUGGACAAAAGCUACUCGUACGACGGUUCCAACGCAUCUUUCCCAGUGCCACCAUUGACACGAGUCCCAGUGGCGAACGAGCCGUCGAAAUGGCAACGUCCACCAAAACACAACAACCAUACGAUUUGAUCACGAUGGAUCAUUACAUGGCCGUGCACGAAAUGACGGGAUCGGAAACCAUUCGCGCGUUACGGACCCAAGGCGUCAAUGCAUUGAUUGUCGGGAUAUCAGGAAAUGCCAUGCGCCAAGAGCAUCUCGCAGCGGGUGCCGACGAAUUCUUUCAAAAACCAUUGCCCGCCACCAAUAUCGUCGUGGAGCAACUGUGGGGAAAGAUCCCUCCACCGGCGGGAUGGAAAGUGCUCCUGGUGGAUGAUACCGAGGUCAAUUUGCAUCUGUUGGAACGCAAGUUGCAGGCUGUGGCGGUACCGCAUGCUUCGGCAUCGGAGCCGCGAUGGGAUAUUGUCCAGUGUACCGUCGGGGCACGAGCAAAGGUAUUGAUGGAGGAGAAUCGGUACGACAUGGUGGUGAUGGAUCAAACGCUCGAGAAUCCGUCGUCUUGCGAGUCACUGACGGGCACUGAGCUCGGCAAGUUGGGGAGGAAGACACAGAACAAAGAUGUCAUCUUUGUGUUGAAUUCCGGGUCGCCUGUGGGAAAUGGAGAGCUGCCAUCUUGCUUUGAUUUAUCGUGGUCGAAACCGUUGCCGUCUGUGGAAGAAUUGCGGAACGACCUCUACCGCCAGUUGUUAGUGUGUCCCAAGGCAGCCACUGGACCGGUCAAACAAUGA